CUCUCGGCCACUCGGGGGGGAGCAAUUCCAAAUUCUCGCCUUUCACUGCACCCCUGGGCCAGACCCCACACUACACACGGCUAAAUCAAUUCCAGCAUGUGAAAGUAAAACUAAACGCAGGCGGCUCACCUCCCCCUGUCUCUCUCUCUGUCCUCUCUCUUUUUCUCCAUCACACCAAACCAAAAAAGUACGAACUCAAUCACAAAGCCAAUAUUGGCCGAAUAAUAAUUUUUAUUCUACAUCUUCGAGCUCCCCAAAUAUCUCUCUGAAUUUUGAUAGAAACAAGAGAGAGAGAGAGAGAGAAGGACAUUGUAUUUGUAUGUAUAGGUAAUAGGUGUAUGCAUUGUGGAGGCAUGGAGGUGGAGGUCUCAGGUGCGAAACCGAUCGGUGUUGGAAUUGAGAGGGCGAAUUCAGAGAGGGAUCGGAUUCGGGUGAAGAGGAAGACCUUGCAGGAUGUGCUUGAGCAGUGCCAGAGAACUCUUGAAUUGCUUAGUAACACCGGCUUUGUUGAUGAUAAAAACGAUCAAGAAGAUGACAGGAAUGUAGAUGCCGAUGAUGCAGAGGAGACCGGUAUGGCCUCCUCGGUGCCGUGUCGUGAUAACGAAACCGAAGAGUUGUGCGAUCUCCUGAAGUCUAGGGUGGAAUGCCCUGAUUUUCUUGAAAAGCUAGAGAGUGAACAGGCAUCCGUUCCACACAAUGUCGCGGAAGAAGGCAGUUCCUGGGACAUGGUUGGCGAAAAUGAUAUUUGGGAAGGAGGGAAUAAUGAGUUAGAUACAGAAGAGUAUGUGCUAAUUAGGCAAGAAGAUAUAGUGGAUGGUAUUGCAUGCUUCAUGGCUGCCUAUCUGUUGUCCCUUAAAGAGGCUAAGGAUUUGACCCCGAAUCAGCUUCAGGAUGCUCUGAGCAGGACAUUCUCUGUGAAGAAGAAGAAGGGAAAGCUUCGGAAGGCAUGGGAUGGAAGCAAGGUCAUAUAUAACGUAGCAUCCUGGGGUGCUACAGCCAUUGGGAUUUACCAAAAUCCUGCCCUUCUUAGGGCCGCCUCAGCAGCAUUUUGGCCCUUUUAUGGCGUUGUAUCAAAGCUUUUCUAAUCUGCGCUGACCAUUCGGGAAAGUUCCGAUGCUUUGUAUCAUGGUUGUAUAUAUGCUUGUGCUGCCAAAGCAGCUUGGUAUUCGUCAAAAUUGCGCAAUAGUAAGUGCUAUUCUUUUUGUGUGACACUGCAAUUGAUUGCUGAUGUAAUUUAAUCCUGUAAAUAUUUAUUUACUUAAAGCUGUUCUAUGUACUGUUACAGUUGAUUGGAUAACCAAUGUAU